AGUCAAUUACUCUUUGUUUCCACUUUCAUCCAACACAUCUCAAAUUCUCAGCUAAUUUAUUACACUUCUCUUUAAAUCACAAUUGUACGAUCUUACACACUACCAAGUCAAACCUUACAAGUCGGUCAACAUCUCCUCCCAUAAAACCACCCAACUCGCCGGAAAAUCGCCGGAUUCAACUCACCAUGACCCGAUUCGCCGCCAUAAACACCACCUUUAUCCACCUCUUCUUCCUCUUCACAUCCACAUUUUCCGGCGUAAAUCCAACUUCCGUACUCCCUAACAACCGCCGUACACCUCUAGUAUUUCCUCUCACUCUCUCUCCUCAAAUUCCCGACGCUAAAUUCCGUCGAAAUCUUCAAUCUAAACGUGUUCCUCCUAAUGCUCAUAUGAAUCUCUUCGAUGAUCUUCUCUCUAAUGGGUAUUAUACGACGAGGCUUUACAUCGGAACUCCGCCGCAGGAGUUUGCGUUGAUUGUUGAUACAGGGAGUACUGUUACGUAUGUGCCGUGUUCAAAUUGCGAUCAUUGUGGUCAUCAUCAGGAUCCAAAGUUCCAACCAGAUCAUUCAAACACCUAUCAUCCUUUAAAAUGUAAUCCUGAUUGUACAUGUGAUGCUGAGAAUGUUCUGUGUGCUUAUGAGAGACGGUAUGCUGAAAUGAGUUCCAGCAGUGGCGUCCUUGGUGAAGAUAUUGUAUCAUUUGGCAAUCAAAGCGAGCUUAAACCCCAGCGUGCUGUUUUUGGCUGUGAAACUUCAGAAACUGGUGACCUUUAUAGUCAGCAUGCUGAUGGUAUAAUGGGUCUAGGUCGAGGUGAACUAAGCAUUGUUGAUCAACUUGUUGAUAAAGGUGUAAUCAGCGAUUCCUUUUCACUUUGUUAUGGCGGAAUGGGUAUAGGUGGUGGUGCUAUGAUCCUUGGUUCUAUAUCACCCCCCUCUGACAUGGUCUUCAGCCAUUCUGAUCCCGACCGCAGUCCUUAUUACAAUAUUGAGCUGAAGGAAUUACAUGUUGCGGGGAAGAAGCUGCCUAUUGAUCCAAAGGUUUUUGAUGGAAAACAUGGAACCGUUCUGGAUAGUGGUACAACAUAUGCCUAUUUACCAGAAAAAGCUUUCUUGGCUUUUAUUCAUGCUUUAACCAAUGAGCUCCAUGGACUUAAGCAAAUCCGUGGUCCUGACCCCAAUUAUAAUGAUGUCUGUUUUUCUGGUGCUGGAAGCGAGUCUUCAGAACUUUCAAAGGUGUUCCCUACAGUUGAUAUGGUCUUUGAAAAUGGUCAAAAGUAUUCAAUGUCACCAGAAAACUAUUUAUUUAAGCAUUCAAAGGUGCGUGGUGCAUAUUGUCUUGGAGUUUUUCAGAAUGGAAAAGAUCCCACUACACUUUUAGGAGGAAUCAUUGUCCGUAAUACUCUUGUAACGUAUGAUCGCAAUAGCUUGAAAGUUGGAUUUUGGAAAACGAACUGUUCUGAAUUAUGGGAAAAUCUCCGUGUAAAUGACACUUUACUAACCCCUGCACCCACACCUUCAAGUGGAGAGGUUUCAGCUCCAGGAAGAUCUCCAGCAUCAGCACCUGAUGGAGUACCUAGCUAUGUUAUUCCAGAAAUUAUAAAAGUGGGAUUCAUAACAUUUGCUAUGUCUUUGAGCAUCAAAGAGUCGGACUUGAAGCCUCAUGUAUCAGAGCUGUUUGGUUUCAUCGCUCGAGAUUUGGAAGUCAAUAUAUCACAGGUUCAUUUACAAAAUUUGGCUUCAUCCACUAAUGGUUCCCUGAUAAAAUGGGCCAUCUAUCCUGAAGGAUCUUCCAAGUAUAUCUCAAACACAACUGCAAUGCAUAUAAUUGCUCAUUUAGCGAAAAAUGAUGUCCAACUUCCAGAAACCUUUGGCAGUUAUAACUUGGUUGAUUGGAAGGUUGAGCCACCUAUGAAACGGAAUUGGUGGCAACAACAUUACUUAAUAAUGGUUAUGGCAGUUAUUCUUACAUUAAUGUCGGGCUUAUUUGUUUAUGGGAUUUGGUUCAUUUGGAAAUGGAGGCAGCAAACAAUUGCACAAUAUAAGUCUGUUGACAGUGAUGCUACAAUUCCCGAGCAAGAACUCCAGCCAUUGAGAUUGUGAUCAACUAAUGAGUUAUUCUCUCAUUUUUAUACUUCCAAGAUUUUGUUUGUAUCAUUUUUGUUAUUUAGGAACAAGCUAAAAGAACUACACGAAGUACAAGUCUUCUUUUGAGCCAAAUUUUCGAAAGAAAUUUCCUUGAUAAAGAAGUAUAGCCUAUAGAAGUAUAGACUAUGCCAAUCUUAAUUUUGUAGAUAAAAUUCUUAAUUUCCGAUGAAAUGUUUAAUUCUAUAGAUUGCAGAAUUACUUUUCUGCCUCUUUUUGAAAUUUUUUUACUGUAAUUUUUUUGUCCUCCAUGUAUGGUGAGCUGCUUUUGGUCAGCUAAUUAAUUUUAUGUUGAACUGCAUUUGGAUUUUGAAA